AUGUCGACUCUUAGUCAUCAUCCAUACGCGUUUUCCAUGCACCACGGCAUGUUACCGGAGUACCCGAGCGCUCCGCAGCCGCUCCCAGCGUCCUCUCCUCAAUCGGAAGGGCACAUUAAGCGACCCAUGAAUGCUUUCAUGGUCUGGUCAAGACUUCAGCGUCGUCAGAUCGCGAAGGAUAACCCGAAGAUGCACAAUUCGGAGAUAUCAAAACGCCUUGGAGCUGAGUGGAAGUUGUUGACGGAAAUGCAAAAGAGACCGUUCAUCGACGAAGCUAAAAGGCUUCGUGCCUUACAUAUGAAGGAACAUCCAGACUACAAGUACAGGCCUCGCAGGAAGCCGAAGCCACCUACGCCGGGAUCUGCUCCGGGAGCAGGAGCUUUUCCAAGUUUUCCGCUUCCUUACUUUGCUGGUCCAGCACCGACGGUGGGGCCGCUAGACGCUCUAUCUUAUCCUGCAGUUCCGCCUUACUUUUCUCAUCAGCUGGACCACUUACAGUUCUCAAAGUUAAUGGCACCGACUGAAAAAAUGCCGACUGUGUCAUCAGCUGCCGCAGUUGUUUCAUCGUUCUACUCUUCUCUGUACACACAGCCAGCUGCACCACCGAAACCGUUCCCAUCGCCACUGUUCCAUCAAUACGGAGGAACACCCUCCUCGCCAGUAUCACCAGUGACCCCGACACAACACAGCCCACACGACGAUCAGUUAAGACGGCCGGUUUCCGUCAUAUAUUGAAGACCAACCUGCCUUCCUUGAAGAGCUGGAAUCUUUCAAGGCACGGCAUCGGAGACUACAUCGCUGACGUUUCAGUGUUGCAAGAUGGACGAUUUUAUUUAAGAGACUUAAUUUAUUGCUUAGGUUAGUUAAAAAUUGUGAGUUUCAUAUCAAGUGUCUUGUAAAUAUGUUGCGAUCAAUCGUGGACCCUCAACUUAGAUAUCGGUUUUAAGUUUAAUGACUGUGAUUUGUUUCCGACGAGUCUUCAGAUAAAUAAGUUUUGAAGCACAGUUUCAUUAGUUAGGUAUGUGAAGUGAGAUCAGUACCAAAAAGAGAUUAUUUCAUGUAGAUGUCACGAUUAGGUGUAGAAACGACUUCUCGGUGUGAAAUCUUGAUAUUAUGUUGUUUUCUCGUACAUGUAGUGCCUGUUAAGUUUAUUUGAAUCGUUAGUGACCGAUGAAUCUCUUCUUUUAUUUCGGUUAUUGUAUAAUUUAUUUAUUGCCAAUUGUAUGUCGGUAAUUAUUGUAAAUUAGUUGACUAAGUUGUAAGCGGCUAGUGCAUACCAAUUGUAUAUAUUAGUGUCUAAUUCAAAAUCAAUGUCAUUACCAACGAUGUAUUAUAGAAAAGUGAAAUUUGUUAUAAAUAAAUUGUUUUUAUUUUAA